AUGAUCAUCAAAAAUUGGUUGUUUAUCCGGUAUGGGGGAUUGUACAAAAAAUGCUGCAUCCAAUUACCAGGCAACGAAUUGAACUGUCGUUUGACAAGUCGAUGUCAUCGCAUUAAGGAACUAUUACGGUGUAAUGGAGAGAUCAAACAUCCCUCCUGUAUGAUAUCGUCUAUCAUGAUCAACAAAGUACAGUAUUUAGAUAUAAAGGGAGACGAACAAUGCUGCGCCAUGUGGUCUAAUAAUUUUAUUUUGUUCUAUAUUUUGGUAAGUUGUAUAACAUCAUCCACCUCUCUGGAGAGAUUUGUCAGUAUAAAUUCGCCUUCCUGA